AUGAAUCUAGUGUUGAUUCUACUUGGGUUGGUAUUGGGAUCAGCUGCUCGCGAUCCAAUUGGACAAAACCUAAUUGUCAUUCUGGCCGAUGGUUACGGAGCAACUCUCUUGAACAACACAAAACCAGAUGCUACUUUUGGUAUUCGUCACCUUGCCACAAACGGAGUCCAGGUUGACUACGUAACACCUUCGUUUCCAACUCAUACUUGGCCACAAUGGAUGAGUUUAUCAACUGGACUCUACACCGAAAAUCAUGGAUUCACCGCAGAUUAUAUGUGGGAUCGCAAAACAAACUUCACUUUCGAACGAGGAACAGGACCAAAUGAUACUGAAGACGUGUGGUGGGAUGAUGCAAAAGCACCCCUCUGGUACACUGCCGGAAAAGCUGGAGUAGACGUUCAUUGUUAUUGGUUUGCACAUUGCCAUAGAGCCUUUUAUGACAUGGUUGUACAAGUUCCUGAGAAGCGUUGGGCAAACCUUGAUGACCAACAUCAGACUGAUAAUUUGAGAGACAUCUUCCCAGAGAUUGCGAACAGAAUCUCAAAAUAUCAAGUUUACAAGCAACAAAUGUUCCUUAUUCGAUAUGCAAACAUUGGAAACGCCCAGAAAGAACAUGGUCCAGAAUCGGACGAAGUUGAACAAGAAGUUGCACGAUUUGAUCUCUAUAUCAAUGAGCUUCAGCAACUGCUUGAGGAUCGCGGAUUGUUCUCUUCAACCAACUUGGUUGUUAUGUCUGAUCAUGGAUAUACACCACUACAGAAAGAAGAACAAUUCUUUAUGGAACAAUGUCUUCCAGAUUAUUCUUUGGUGAAAAAAGUCGUAAAUUCACACAGCAUGAUCAUGGUUUUCACGAACCCUGAAGAUGAGGGAACUGUUCACUACGAGUUCAGCGUGUGCGAAGUGUGGUCACCAAUGGGAGACUACGACGAGAACGACACUCCAUUCGUGAAGACAUACAGAAUGUCUGAAUUGCCCGACGAUCUUCACUGGAAAAACUCGCGGUUUAUGAGUGGUGUUGUACUGAUUACAAAGCCAGGAACAAGUGUUGUGACAAAAGAACUUCCAACUGUUCCACACAGCGGUGACCCAACAAUUGACGCAAAACAAGCGUCCGGCUGGGAGCCAUACCACGACGAUAUGAAAGGAAUCUUUGUUGCUCGGGGACCAGCAUUCAGAGAAAACGAACGAUUCGGCCCAAUCGAAAUCGUCGAUGUCUAUCAGAUGCUCUUGAACAUUCUGAGUAUAGAACCUGCUCACCCACACAAUGGAACAUGGACAAACGUUGAAAAUAUGUUGAGUGAAGGAUGGGAGAACCGUGGUCCAGUCGAUAGCUCGGCUUUUCGGUCAUCUGGCACACUUCUGUGCUCUAUUUUUGUGCUUUUGCACUUCUUCUUCUAGUUUCUUUUCUCUACUUCUUUUUAAGAUAUAUUAAAGUUAUUUGUAAGUGUGUACGAGAGACCAGACCGUUUCUCAACUAACAUUUCCCCUUUACCACCUUCCAGUUCUUUCCGUUUCUUAUCGUUUUUAGUAAUAAGAAAUACGCUCAAAAACUGCCUUAGAGUUUGUGUUCGUUUCCCAGCAUUUCCACGUCAUUUACAUAAUUGUUCGCUUACCACAGAAGCCCGACUAGUGCAAUCUGCAAAUCAUCUAGAUGUCCUGUCGUUCUAUAAUCCCAUCUUUUUUUUUCUUUUUCAUCAUUCGUCUCAGAAUGAGAUAUUUAUAUUUUUCCCGGUUAUGUAACCUGUUUUUUUAAAAUCACAUUUCUAAUCACAAGUUUUUUUUUGAAAUAAACAAAUUAAAUACACUG